GCCUACGCAUUCCACUCACAGUGAGCUCUUGCGCAUAAAUUACUGAGUAGUGUCAUUGGGGCGCAUCACCAAAACAACUUUUUUUCAAGUGAGUUUACGCCCACACAGCACGAUGCAUCUUAAUUUGUGCCAUCCUCAUUGACAAGUCAGAACAAUGGUGAGUUCCCCGCCGGCGCACGGCCGCAAACUGAACCAAGCAAGCAAUGUUGCUCUCAUCGAAAGGAUCACAGAUGGAUAGUCUCGUUCAACCUCUUGUUGCCCAGUAUUUAGCCAUGGGCUGCCAAUCCAAAGAAAAUGGACAACAUGAAAAUGUGGGAUCGAAUGGAAAGGAAAAAGAACAUCCACGGCUCUCUCCGGGACCUGGGUUUGGCUGCAGAUCUAAAAUCAACCCACCAGUGCCUGCCCGGCCUCAUCGUUUUAACAGGCCCAACCUUGCCCAGAUGACCCAAGGCAAGGUCAUAGUGUCAACUGGACACUUUACCAAAGGGGCCACCUGGGAGGAGCUGAUCCAGGCCUGUAUCCAGACCUUUGACACAGAGGGCUGUGUGUGUGGGAGCAGCCACCUGAUGAACAUCACCCUAACCAUGCAUCGACUCCUCAUGUCCUCCAGUGACCUCCUGGAGAAACUCACCUCCUUAUUUAAAAGUGCCUUGGAGAAUGAGCAGUCCACAGAAUGUGAGAAGAUCUGCUACUUUAUCAGGUAUUGGAUUCAGGAGUUUUGGACAAUGUUUCGGUUGCAUAGCAGCCUGUCAGACACCAUGGCACAGUUCCAGGAUCUAAUUAAGGAAGAAGGCCAGGAGAGGCUGUGCCCUCUGUUAGAGACUAAAUGGAUAAACGACAGGCACUGGUCUCAGAAGCCCAGUCAGAGGAUCAAGGUUAACAGCAGUAAGAAGAGGAAAGUGUCUCUGCUCUUUGAUCACCUGGAGCCCAUUGAGCUGGCUGAGCACCUUACCUACCUGGAGUUCAAGUCCUUUUGUAGAAUAUCAUUUGCAGACUAUCAGAACUACAUCCGCAGCUGCUGCAUGAAGGACAUCCCCAUGAUGGAACGCUCCAUUGCGUUGUGUAAUGGUAUCUCCCAGUGGGUGCAGCUGAUGGUUCUGAGUCGGCCUACAGCUCAGCUGAGAGCAGAGGUCUUUACCAAGUUCAUUCAUGUGGCUCAGAGUCUCCAUUUCAUGCACAACUUCAACACACUAAUGGCUGUGGUAGGGGGCCUAUGCCACAGCUCCAUCUCCAGACUGAAAGAGACCAGUUCACACGUGUCCCACGAGGUCAUCAAGGAGCUGAACGAGAUGACGGAGCUCCUGUCCUCCUGUAGGAACUAUGAUAACUACCGCCAGGCCUACAGCAGGUGUGCCGGCUUUAAGAUCCCAAUCCUGGGAGUCCACCUUAAGGACCUGAUCUCGGUCAACGAGGCCAUGUCGGACUAUGUAGAGGACAACAAGGUGAAUGUUCAGAAGCUCCAGUCUCUGUAUAACCACAUCAACGAGCUGAUCCAGCUCCAGCAGGUCACCCCACAGCUUGACGCCAACAAAGACCUGGUCCACCUUCUCACGCUUUCACUAGACCUAUACUACACAGAGGAUGAGAUUUAUGAGUUGUCCUACACAAGGGAGCCCAAGAACAGCAAAGCGCCUCCAGCCACCCCCUCCAGACCUCCAGUGGUUGUGGACUGGGCACCAGGAGUAGCACCUAAACCUGACCCAAAAACCAUCAGCAAACACGUGCAGAGAAUGGUGGAUUCUGUGUUUAAAAACUAUGACCACGAUGAGAAUGGCUUCAUCUCUCAAGGAGAUUUUGAGAAGAUUGCUGCUAGCUUUCCCUUCUCCUUCUGUGUCAUGGACAAAGAGAAGGAAGGCCUGAUCAGCAGAGAGGAGAUCACAGCCUAUUUUAUGCGUGCUAGUGUCAUCUGCUCCAAACUAGGUCUAGGCUUUGUGCAUAACUUUCAGGAAACAACCUACAUGAAGCCCACCUUUUGUGACAACUGCUCUGGAUUUUUGUGGGGUGUCAUAAAACAAGGUUACAGAUGCCGAGACUGCGGUAUGAACUGCCAUAGACUGUGCAAGGACCAGGUGGCGUUUGAGUGUAAGAAGAAUGCCAAAGGCGUCUACCCCUCUGAAGGUCCUCUAACACCGGGCUCCACACCCAGCAGCAUAAGUGGCCCAGAAGGCUCAGAAGAGGGGCCUUUCCCGUACUCCUCAGAGCAGUGUAAGGACUGGAGCCCUGACUCUCCAUCCCCCUCCCACCUGAGGCUCCCCCCUGAGCUGGCCACACCUGUGGGGGUCCACCGCAGCACCCAGACAGAGCAGCACACUGCCCCGGCCCCCUCUCCAGAUCUCAGCCGGCUGCAGCCAGUCCAGCCCUCCCUGUUAGCCCCCGCGUCCCCCUCCCUCACCCCAUGCCCCAGCCCGGUGCCCCAACGCAAACAACGGGCCUACGCCAAGUGGGAGAAUCGAGCUUCUACGGUGCUAAAGCCCACGGAGUCCGAAAGAGACUUGAAGCCCACGUAUGAUGCCCUGGAAAAGGAGAACCGGACGCUUCAGAAGAACAACGAAAUGCUGCACAAGAAGCUGAAGGAGACGCAGCGCGAAAUCGAGAUCCUACAGACACUCCUAAAAAGGCACGCACUGCACCGGAGGGUGGAUGACUCCUCCUCCUCCUCCUCCUCCUAGCCAGGUGCACCUCCCCAGCAGGUCAGAUGCGCCUCCUCUAUGACAUCACAGGUGAUGCUAAGCCCUGCAGAGCCACUGGCAGUACGGUGUGUCUCAGAGGAACCCAGAGCCACGCAGUCACGAGGAGACACAGAGGGACCCAAACGUCUCGCUGGAGAGACACUUUGUGGCGUGCCAUGAGUACCUCACAGUACUGUACAUACAGCCACUCAUACUAUCGGUUCCAGUUAAUCUAAAUAUCAGCUUCAGUCGAUCUUGAUAUCUGCUCCGGUCACGGCGAAAGCAGUUGUAAGGCAUAGCCAUGAGCGCACUGUUCCUGAAUAGGAGACAGCCAAUCAAAGUACAGUACCAGCAAUUAUAGAACAUAGUCAAAACCUAGCCAAUCAGUGUGCCAUAAGCUUUGGGACAAUCAGAAUACCACAUUGUAUGGCAGAAAGGCUAGGACACUGGCCAAGUUUAUUCAGGUGUAUAGUUACUGUUCUGUUGUUGGAUAUUGUAAAUAUUUAUGUAAAUCCACAUUAUUUCAAUGUUCCUGAGAAUAUUUAUUGUUAAAACACUACAACACUCUUGAGUUACUGUCAAUCAUUAAGGAUAGUAUAAGCUUAGUUCAGAUUUUUUUUGUACUGCUGGAAAUAGACAAAUAAUUGCUUCAGCCUUUAUGAAUGUAAGUGCAUGAAGACAUACAAGAAGAUUUCAACUACAAUUCUGUUUUGUAUAUUUCAUCAGCUCCGUAUGACCUACAUAGUGUUUCACCAUUAAUAUACCGUGGAUAUACCCUGAGCAUAUGAUCGUUUGUGGUGUCGUCAUAGCAGUAGUUUCUCUCAAGAUAUGCUCUUUUAGUAUUGAUAUCAUAAUGAAUGUUACAAUAAAGACGGACUCCAUGAAUCA